AGCUUGUAGAACAGCUUACGAGCAUGAAGGAAGUCUUGGCUCAAACAGAGGAAAGGUUUGAACAAGGUCAGGCAACUUUAAGAAGGGAUGUCGACACAAUUGGGGAUGGCGUAAAAGAAAUCGAAGGCCGUGUAACAACUUUAGAGGACGGUCACGGAGAACUUGCCAAACAAGUACGUUCUCUGGAACACAGGGAGGCAAAUGUUGAAAAAGAAGUAGGUGCAGUGGCUGAGAAAGUAGAGAACAUGGAUAGAAGUCUAACAGACUUCCAAAAGAGACAGACAGAUGUAAAUUCUACUGUAGCUGCAGAGCAGGAAGUUCAAGACCAAAGAUUGCAGACACUUGAAAAGGGACAAGUCAAGUUGGAGCAGAGAGUGGAUAAUGUAGAGACGUGGCAACAUGAAGUUUCUGAGUCCUUAAAAAAGUUGCAAGUCACUGAAGAGAGUGAAGCAAGAAAGCCAGCUCAGGGGUUCUUCAAGAUUCCUGAUCGAAAUAAGUGGUUUUCUGGUCGCCAGAAGGAGCUACAAGAUCUAGAUGCAAAGUUUAACAUCUUUGAGGCAGGCAAGAUUUCCCACAAGAAGCUUGCUGUCUGUGGUCUAGGAGGCUGCGGGAAAACAUGCCUGGCUAUUGAAUACUCAUGGAGGUUACAAGAAACCUACCAAGGAGGAAUAUUUUGGAUGUCGGCAGAGAAUAGCAGGACCUUUGAGAUAACUCUCAACGACAUUGCCCUUGGCAUCGGAACAGUUGGCUCUAACUCUGAUGAGACACUUGCCAGAACAAUAGCAUGGCUGUCAUCCCUGCAAGACCCAUGGCUACUCAUUGUGGAUAACAUGGAUGAAUUCGAUGUUUCGUCUGAGGUGCAAAAACUGCUGGAAGGUCACUGGAAGCAGACCUCCAGAGGCCACAUCUUGAUCACAACCCGUCGAGAAGCUGCUGAGAUGGUAGAGACUAUGGGGUUUGAGAAGGACAAUUGUAUAGAGCUCAGGAGUAUGUCAGAAGACGAGUCCUGUGCCUUCUUGAUUAAAAGAACGCAGCAGGAGGAACAGCCAGGCAUUAGGGAUUUGGCCAAGGAACUGGGUGGACUUCCUUUGGCCUUAGAGCAGGCUGCUGCUCACAUAAAUGUCUUACAUUGUGCCUUUGAAGACUACUUGAAGCAGUAUAAGAAGCAGAAACUGAAACUUUUCAAGCGACGUAAAGUUAAGACUGUAACAUCCACCACGGACAAAGAUCGUAUGGCUGUACACACAACCUGGUCCCUCAAUUUCCAACACAUCCAAAAUUGCGAGGACCCAGAGUUGGCAGAGGCUGCUUGUGCCAUGAUGAACAUAGCAGCCUACCUGGAUCCUGAUGACAUCCCUAUUGAACUGGUCAAUAAAGGGGAGCCCGAUGUCAGUCAGUCUCCAUUGGCGGAAUAUGCCGAGUCACCUCUUGGUGCCAAACAGAUUUUUGAAGUCCUAACCCAGUUUUCACUGUUACAGAGGUAUGGUGAAAACUCCUGGUCUGUUCAUCGACUGGUCCAAGAGGUUAUUAGCAGUCGUUGCUCUGGUGAUGAUGAAAGAGUUCAGUAUUUGCAAAGUGCAUGUCGGAUGCUGUACUAUGCUUUCUCAAACACAAACAGUCCCCAAGAAGUCUUACAGCAAAGCAAAGAAGAGUCCUCUUCUGGCAAACUCAUGCUGUGGGGUAAGCUUGCACGACAUGCCUGCACUGUAUGGAGAAACAUGACUGCACAACUCGGUCGCAAAGAAGUUGUCUCCAGAUUGAUGCUGGCAAAGGAAGCUGCAGCAGUGACACACGAGGCAUCCGUGUAUCUAAGCUUGAACAAACAACACACAGAAGCAUCCCAGGCACAAGCCCAAACACUAGAGUGUGUCGCCAACACAGAAGUAACCGACAGUUUUAUGGCGUACAUCACAAGUGUACAUGUCCCACUCAGAGAGGACUACCAGAAGAUGCUUCAUGCUGAAAUGUCAGUCAAAGACUCUGGGCAUUUCAAAGCAGAUAUCAAGGAGAUUGAAGAUUGCCAAGAGAAAGAAGACCCAGAGACUCUUCGCCAGCAGGGCAAUGAUCUGUAUAAGAAGGAGCAGUAUUCAGAGGCCAUUUCUUGUUACACAAGAGCAAUCAACAUCAGUGGCGACAAUGUUGAUGAACGCUUGUACAGCAAUCGGUCCUUGUGUUACUGGAAACUGGGCCAGUACAAACUGUCUUUGGAUGAUGCAGACAAAUGCAUUGAACUGAAUAGCAUGUCAGGAAAAGCGUACUACAGACGAGCACUUGCUCUUGCAGAGCUGGUUGAGAAAGACACCACCUACUGUCACUACAGUGGUGCAGCAAGAGCUGCUGCUGCCUUAGCUAUUCACCAUAAACCAACAUGCAGGACAGAUGCUCAGAUGAUGAAACGCUUCCCAAACCUGAACGUCACAGAAAUUUCUAGUGCAACCGAAUUGAGCCAUAUGUGCUGCAUGCUUAGUGAACAGGACUGCACCAUUUUGCUAAAGGAAGGUGACUACUUGUUGGAUGCUUUGUUUAUCAUUGUCAAUGUUCAGAUUGUGGGUGUGAACAGGUAUACCACAGUAAAUUGUAAAGAAGGCAUCUUUUGCAGUCCAUCACUUACAAGGCCCGUUUGUUGUCACUUUGAAAACUUGCGGUUUCCACAAAUGUCUGGAGAAUUGGAAGUACGGAAUGGGUCUAUUGCAACAUUGUACAGAUGCCAGGUAUCUAAUGGCAGGAGAGGCUGUAAGGAUUACCCAAAUUGUCAGGGUGGUCCUGGGUGUGUAAAUGACACCAGCACUCCUUGUGCAAAAACAGACAGUUCGUUCAGAGGUUUCCGGAAGACGCAUGGACAGGGGGGUUAUGCAGGAUUGCAGGUUGUCCGAGGUACUUUAUACGUGGAUCAGUGCAGCAUCAUAGACUGUGGAGGAGGGGGCCUGUUGGUGGAUGGAGAGGGAACACAUGCAGUGGUGACUAACUGUGAAGUCAUGAAGCACAUCCAGUCUGGGCUGGAAGUAAGGAAUGGAGGAACUUUGAAAGCAUCUGGAAACAACAUCCACAACAACAAGACACAUGGUGUCACAGUUGGACCAGGUGCAUCUACUACACAUAUAGUUGGAAACCACAUCCACAACAACUGGGGAGAAGGUGUCAUUCUCCUCCAAAGUUCAGUUAUUACCAUAGAAGCAAAUCGGAUUGAGCAUAAUGGUGCCAGUGGAAUCUCGGUAGAGUCAAGUACUUUAGACCUGCACAAUAAUGAGAUCGCCAACAACUGGCAUUGGGCACUUUUCCUUAAAACACACAGCUCUGCAAACAUCUGUGGGAACCUGGUCCACUCAAAUAAGUGUGGUGGCUUGUGGUUUGGGUUCAACCAAUUCGGAAAAGUGCUGAUAGAUCAAAAUGUGAUAAGAGAUCACACAGGUCCAGCAAUACACGUCAUCAACAACUUGAACAAGGAACAGACAAGGAAGAUACUAGAACUGGUUCCCAAGGAGUUCGGAGAGCCAUUCUCAGUACCCCCAAUCAUCACUGACAGGAAUGUCUGUCAAAGAAAUGACACCAAGCAACAGCAUCCUUCAUCAGCCAUCACAUGCCUCCCAGUCGGAUGUGCCUUCUGUGGUGACCAGCACAAGGAAACCAUGAGCUGCGGAAAGUGCCGUAAAGCACAGUACUGCUCAAAGGAGUGCCAAAUACAACACUGGCAACAACACAAGAUCAUUUGUAAUGUCAUCCAGGGCGAUUACUCUUUCAGAGUCUCUACAGAAGACACAGUUUACAAAGUGCAUAAAUGUACUGGUAGAAUCUUCAAUCCUGGACUAAAGGGCAUCAAAGAAGGCAUUCCCCCUGACAUCAUGGGAAGAAGGCGGUUCAUUGUAAAGAUUCAGUCAGGUACUGAGUACCAGGCGUACAAUCCUGAUUCAAACCUGACACUCUAUGACCAGACUACCACCCUUGACCUCUCAUUCAGGGACAGCCAAAUCUACCACAUCAUCAUGGAGUGUGGUAUACUGGGAACCAACCACAUAUCCUCAAAAAAGAUCUUCUGUUACGCCAAGAUGGAAGACAAUGGGAAAUAUGUCCGUAUAUACACAGAUCAUCUGGCACCACUGCAGGAGUGGUGAUGUUGUUUUUGGUACAAAGUAACCAAGUUGAUGACAAAAAAAGACCUGGGGUAGUACAGUCAAACCUUUAUAUAACUUUAAGUCACAAUUGCUGAUUGCCAGAAUUUUGCUAAAUCUAAAAAUCGUGGACCAGUAUUGUAACUGUAAGACAUCAGCAUAUUUUG